CAAAUCUCCUUUGUCGAGCUCAGCGGACGCCAUCUUAGUCAGCGGGUGACAGAAGAAGGUUGCAUGGUAGGAGGCAUACGUUCAUAUUAUUUAGAAAGGAAAAACACCAUUUUUGUGCAUAUACUAAACCACGGAGAAGCCCCUGACGCCCAGAAAUGGCAACGGGAGCCAACGCAACCCCGCUGGGGAAGCUGCACCCGAGUAUCGGCGCUAAGCGAGGCUUUGAGUCUGGCCCCGGCGCGGGGUUAAUGGCACCGCCCGGGCCUGCGGUAUCUUUCCCGCUGCAGAACUUACAGCAACCGCAAUUACCAAACCCAGGUUUCUCCCAGUUCCCCGUAGUCGUGAGUUCUGCGCUCUCAAACCCAGUCGGAGUCGGAGUGGGACUACCGUCUCAGGCGGGGAGUGGAGAUUUUGGCCAGAAGAAGCGGAAAAGGAGUCGCUGGAGCAGCGAGACCCCCGAUCAGAAGACCGUUAUCCCGGGCAUGCCCACCGUGAUCCCUCCCGGUCUGACUCGGGACCAGGAACGAGCUUAUAUAGUCCAACUGCAGAUCGAAGACCUGACACGUAAACUGCGUACAGGAGACCUGGGAAUCCCUGUUAACCCUGAGGACAGGUCUCCAUCUCCUGAGCCCAUCUACAACAGCGAGGGGAAGAGGCUUAAUACACGUGAAUAUCGGACACGUAAGAAACUGGAGGAAGAGAGGCAUUCUCUCAUUACAGAGAUGGUGGGACUGAACCCUGAAUUCAAACCCCCUGCUGACUACAAACCACCAGCUACUCGGGUCAGUGACAAGGUCAUGAUUCCUCAGGAUGAGUAUCCAGAGAUCAACUUUGUUGGGCUUUUGAUUGGGCCACGUGGAAACACUCUGAAAAACAUUGAGAAGGAGUGCUGUGCUAAGAUCAUGAUUCGUGGUAAAGGCUCAGUAAAGGAGGGAAAGGUGGGCCGUAAGGAUGGACAGAUGCUACCAGGAGAAGAUGAACCUCUUCAUGCACUGGUCACUGCUAACACCAUGGAGAAUGUCAAGAAAGCUGUAGAGCAGAUUCGUAAUAUCCUCAAGCAGGGCAUUGAGACCCCUGAAGACCAGAAUGACCUGAGAAAGAUGCAGCUGAGGGAGCUGGCACGACUCAAUGGCACUCUGAGAGAGGAUGAUAACAGAAUCUUACGCCCAUGGCAGAGCACUGAGCCUCGCAGCAUCACAAACACAACUGUCUGUACAAAGUGUGGUGGAGCAGGUCACAUCUCAUCAGACUGCAAGUUUACCAGUUCCUUUGCACAACGACCUGGCGAACCACCCCAGUCUGCUCAGGAUAAGGCCCGUAUGGAUAAAGAGUACUUGUCUCUCAUGGCAGAGCUAGGAGAGGCUCCAGUCCCUGCCUCCAGUGGGGGCCACAGUAAUCCUCCCCCUAGUGGUCCUCGUCCUACAGGACCCAACAAUAACCAGCCACCACCAAAUCGUCCUCCUUGGAUGAAUUCAGGCCCUACUGAUAACAGGAAUUUCCAUGGCAUGCACCAGGGUCCUAGUGGCCCUCACAACUUCCCUCCACCAAUGCCAAACAUGGGCGGCCCUCCUAUGCCACCAAACCCCAAUGGAAUGCCUCCUCCCUGGAUGCAGCCGCCCCCUCCUCCAAUGAGCCAAGGCCCAGCACCACCCGGGCACCCCAUGGGUUUAUUGCCGCCACCCAUGGGUAUGAUGCCCCCGCCUCCACCUCCCCCCAACAACCAACCACCCCCUCCACCUUCAGGACCUCUGCCACCUUGGCAACAGCAGGCCCCUCCCCCACCACCCACCAGCAGCAUGGCAACCAGCGCUCCACUGCCUUGGCAACAGAAUACAACCACCACAUCUACCCCUGCCACUGGAAACCUGCCACCCUGGCAACAGCCUCAGCAGACGGCCACCUCAGCCGCUCAGCCCCCUCCACCCAUGGGCACCCCCUCUAUGGUGCCACCUCCACCUGGGGUCCAACCCCCACUUCCUCCCGGUGCGCCGCCACCUCCACCACCCCCUCCACCUGGCUCAGCAGGCAUGAUGUAUGCACCUCCUCCCCCACCCCCACCCAUGGACCCUAACUUUGUGACCAUGAUGGGUAUUCCUGGUAUGCCACCUUACGGGAUGCCCCCUGCGCCGCCACCGCCUCCGCCCCAGAGUUAAAGGCUCCGUUUAGUGUCUAUGGCCCUGUGACCAUGCAGUAAUGCCUAAAAUAUACAUCACAGGACUGUACCUAGUUCUGUUCAUUUAACAGCUUGAUGUGAUUAGUUGCUAAAGGUUUAUUUUUCUUUUGAUUGGCCUUGGUUCAGAUUUGUUUCCCAUGCUUGGACACUCAAAUCAAGCUAGUGAGAGAGACCGAGCGUGGUUAAUUUGUAAAUUUGCUUCAAUUGUAAUGAUUUUUAACUGUAGUAUUUGAUCUGUUGGUUGAAUAUUUGUUCAAAAUGUUGAUGUGCAGGGAAUGUGUUUUGUUUUUGUUUCUGCCAGCCUGCUUUCAUGUUUCUUUUUGAACCCUCUCCAGUGAGUAAAAAUUACAUCUGCUUAAGAUUCAGUUAGCAACAUUCCAACAGGUGUAUAAACAACCAUUUACACUCUUAACCAACUGUGCAUUUGUUGCUGCAUAGAACAAAGACAUUUUAUGUCUUCAAGAUGUUGUAGAUGAUUGGCUUACUAUAUUAGGUGGUCAGUAUAAUUUGUGCUCGCCUUGUAUCCCAUCCCUCCCAACAUUUUUAUUUAAAAGAACUUUUCAUUAAUUGCCUUCCACCAAAUGUAUUUCAAUAUUUUUGUAAUGAAGCAUUCAACUAAAUAAAAGUUGGCAUGGUGUUGAA